AUGGCGCGAUCGCGGCCGCCGUCUCGGGCGCGGAACGAAGACGAGACCCCGCCCGUGGACUGGCUCGCCGAGCUGGCGCCGGAGCUGCAGCUGCUCAUUCUCGAGGCCGUCGACGACUUCUCGGACUGCGCCGCCGUCAGCCUCGCGACGCCGCGCCUCGGCCUCCUCGCCUUUGGCCAUGACCUCGCUCGCUUCAAGGACCCCCUCUUCGCCGUGGCGAUGCAGCAGCAGCUCGCCCAGCGCACGAGGUCUAAAGGGGAACAACAGACGCCCGUGACCGAGGCCAUCCUGCGCAAAUACUCCGCCGACCGGCGGGCGAGGCAGGAGCACUUCCCGUGGCUGGAGCGGGUGAGCCCGGCCCUCUGCCUCUCGACCGGCAUUCGAGGUCUGGGCAGCCGCCGCUUCGAGUUCUGGCGGCUGCAGCGCGGCGACGAGCCGGGAGCACUGCUGCGCGAGCGGUCCUUGCAGCGGGGCACGAUCUGGCACUUUACGGGCGAGGCGGGCGCGGAGCGGCAGGUGCGCACGGAGUAUGCCACCGGCGAGGUGCAGCUCUUCGAGGGCGAGAAGGGCGCCGAGCGGCUGGUACGCACGGACUUUCUCGACG